UGGAAAUGUUUACUAAGUGUUGAAAAAUACGUGGCGUAUAAGAUUUAAAUAAAAUUAUUUAUAAUUUCGUCAAUUAAAAGUCUACAUUAAUUAAGUAGAACUAGACAUACAUGAGAUCGAUCUUUAAUAGAAACCAAUUUUACUAAUGUUUUAAUAAAAUGAGUCUUUUUAUGAGUCAAUGGGGAAAAAAGUCUAUAAUCCAUACAAGAUUGAUAUAUACUUCUUAUCGGUCACAAAGUGAGCUCAAACGGCGAUUAAAAGCUGAACAAAAAGCUAAAGAAAAAUUAGAAAAAGAAGCUACUGCUCAGAAAAAACAGCCCACAGUUAAAAAAGAAGCUGUUGUGUCUGAUGCUACUAAAUCUGCUGAUAUCAGUCCUAAUGAAUUCUUCCGUUUACGUUUACAAACAAUUGCCCAAAUGAAAAAAGACAGCGAAGAACCUUAUCCACAUAAAUUCAAUGUAACUAUAUCUUUAGAAGAGUUCAUUGAAAAUUUCAGUUCAUUGAGUGAAACCCAAAUUUUACACGAUGAACAAUAUAGUGUCGCAGGUAGAGUUCAUGCUAUCCGUGAAUCUGGUCCUAAAUUAAUUUUUUACGAUCUACGUGGUGAAGGAGUUAAAAUUCAAGUUAUGGCAAAUGCUAAACAAUAUACAUCUGAAGAAAGCUUUAUAGCAGAUACAUCAAAAAUACGACGGGGUGAUAUAAUAGGUGUCACAGGUAGUCCAGGAAAAACCAAAAAAGGAGAGCUAUCUAUUUUUCCCAAAAACAUAAAACUUUUGACUCCAUGUUUGCACAUGUUACCUCAUAUGCAUUAUGGACUAAAAGAUAAAGAAACCCGGUAUAGACAACGUUAUUUAGACUUGAUCAUCAAUGAAAAUGUACGAAACAAAUUUAUUGUAAGAGCUAAGAUAAUCUCCUAUGUUCGUCGGUUCUUGGAUAAUUUAGGAUUUCUUGAAAUUGAAACGCCCAUGAUGAAUAUGAUUGCUGGUGGAGCAACAGCAAAACCAUUCAUUACACAUCAUAAUGAUUUAAAUAUGGAUUUGUUUAUGAGAGUAGCUCCUGAACUUUAUCAUAAAAUGCUUGUGGUUGGAGGUAUUGACCGUGUAUAUGAAAUUGGUAGACAAUUUCGUAAUGAAGCCAUAGAUAUGACCCACAAUCCUGAAUUUACAACAUGUGAAUUUUAUAUGGCAUAUGCAGAUUACAAUGAUCUUAUGAAAAUUACAGAAGAACUUUUAUCUGGUCUUGUAAAAAGUAUUUUUGGUACUUAUAAAGUAAAAUAUCACCCUGAUGGCGUUGAAGCCAAUACUGAACCAGUAGAAAUAGAUUUUACUCCGCCGUUUAAAAGGAUGUACAUGUUCCCGGCUUUAGAAGAAGCUCUGUCAGUAAAGCUUCCUAGUCCUACUGAACUAGCUACAAGUGAAGCUAAUAAAUUACUCAGCGAUCUUUGCUUAAAACAUGAAAUUGAGUGUCCACCUCCUAGAACUUCAGCUCGAUUAUUAGACAAACUCGUAGGUGAAUUUCUUGAAGAAAAAUGUAUCAAUCCUACAUUUAUAUGUGACCAUCCACAAGUAAUGUCACCAUUAGCUAAAUGGCAUCGAUCAGUAGCUGGAUUAACUGAACGAUUUGAGUUAUUUGUUAUGAAAAAAGAAGUGUGUAAUGCUUACACAGAAUUGAAUGAUCCCAUGAUUCAGAGGGAAAGAUUUGAGCAACAAGCAAAGGAUAAAGCAGCUGGUGAUGAUGAAGCACAAUUGAUAGAUGAAAACUUCUGUACAGCAUUAGAAUAUGGUUUACCUCCUACUGCUGGUUGGGGUCUUGGCAUUGAUCGUUUAACAAUGUUCUUAACAGACUCCAAUAAUAUUAAGGAAGUAUUAUUUUUCCCAGCAAUGAAGCCUGAUGAUCCGAAUAAGAAUAGAGAAGAGAAAACAGAGGAUGAAAAAACUACUGUAUGAGAAUUAUUUAAUGUAACUAAUAAGUUAUUAUUUAAAUAAACUGUAAAUUAUUUAUAGAGUAA